AUGGAUUUUACCUGCUUCGUGCAUCUCUCUUAUAACAGUAUCAGUGUUGGGGUUGAAGAAGAUAGUCCUAAGAAACUAAGGAACAAUAAAAAACCAUUAGCCCGGAUUUCUGUUACCUAUCUUGUAAUCCGAUUAAAAUACACAGGACUAUCGAUGCUGUUUGACAUCCCGGACGAACGAGGGGGGGCAAUCAUGGCUGAUCGAUGGGGGAACCCCAAAUUGUGCCAUUUCCCUUUGGCGCCCUUCAUUAGGGCCAUUCCAAUGCCCUAUAUGGCCCUUGUAUAUGCUGCACUUUGGAUGGGAGCCGUAGGUAUAAUGUUGGGCUACAAGUUCCGCAUGUCAGCUCCCAUCUUCGCCACCUGUUACUGGUACCUGUUCCUGAUAGAGAAGAGCUAUUGGAACAAUCACAGCUAUUUGUUUGGACUUGUUGGACUGUUGCUUUGUUUCACGAAUGCUCAUUGUUAUUGGUCUCUGGACGCGUACUUAAAUCCCAACUUAAAAAAGACCACGGUACCGUACUGGAACUAUUUCAUAUUGAAGUACCAAUUCUUCAUCCUGUAUUUCAUGGCGGGCGUGAAGAAGGGGACAGCUGAAUGGCUUGCUGGGUACUCGAUGAUGAACCUCAGCUCUCAUUGGGUAUUUACACCCUUUAGAUUGUUCUUAUCAGUACCUCAAAUAGACUACCUGAUCGUGCACUGGUUCAUAUUCGCGUUUGACCUCACAAUAGCUUUCUGGAUGAUGUGGGGACGCACCCGAAACGUGGCCAUGAUCUUCUGCGCUAUGUUCCAUUUAAUGAACAGCCGGCUUUUCAGAAUUGGUAUGUUUCCCUGGGUCUGUCUUGCAACUAUGCCUCUCUUCUACCCUUUCCAUUGGCCAAAGACAAUCGUCCCGUUUUUAAAAAUUCAAUAUCUCAACAUCAAGAAAAAAAUUUCUAACAUAGUAAGCUCAUAUAAACAAAGCAUUGUAUGCAAUUACCAAAACAAUGAUGCACGAAAUGAAGGUGUUAUGAGGAAUGAAGAUAAAAAUAAUAUUCAAGAAGAAUUACAUACAAGCGACACUUCUAAUGACAUCCAAGAAACAAACGACAAUCACACACAUUACAAUGGUAAAGCUAGUGUUAGUACCAAAGAGAAAGUAGAUGAGCAAAUGAAUAAAGACCAGAAAAAAACAAAACACAUUCAAGAAGAAUCAGUUACAAAAAUAGAAAAGGGUAAAAGAGACCACCGCAAGAAAGUAACGACUUUGAUAAUAGUAAUUUACGUUUUGAUGCAAGCGUUUUUACCAUGCUCUCAUUUCAUUACAAAGGGCUACAAUAACUGGACUAACGGUCUCUACGGCUACUCCUGGGACAUGAUGGUUCAUAGCUGGGAUACUAAUUCCGUCGUCAUCAAAAUUGUUGACAAUAAAUACAACAAGGAGUUCUUCCUGGACCCAGAACUUUGUGCCCCUAAUGAGAGGUGGACGAGUCAUGGCGACAUAGCGUUUCAAUAUGCCCAGUGCUUGAGAAACAACAUUGUUAAAGAUGCUAUUAAACAUGAUGAUAUUUCCAUAUACUUCGAUAUUUGGACCUCUUUAAAUGGAAGAUUUACUCAAAGGAUUUUUGACCCUAAAGUUGAUAUUUUAAAAAGUUCAUGGUCCAUUUUUGAAAGAGUUCCAUUUUUGAUGCCUUUACUCGAUGAUGAAGGUUUGAGUUGGAGGAAUGUUUUAUUGGAAAUUAAAGAUGAAGUAACGUCUUGGGAUAACUACACUGAAGUUCUUUUCCUGGCUGAUUUCCCUGGAUACGAACUGGAGAAAUAUCUGGCAAGGGAAUUAACCAACAUCACUUUAACUAUCCUCAAAGGCCGUAUAGUCUUUGAACCUGAAGUUGUACCUACACUCCCUGGAUAUUCACACAUCUUAACAAGUGGAAAUAAUGUUAAAUUAGAGUCUGGAAGGUUUCAUAGAGUUCUAACCAUUGGAGACAGCCCAGCAUUUUAUAUGUAUACAUUUAUUAACUCUACUGCUACUUCUUUGGAACAGAAAACGCCCAGACCGAUGUUGCCAAUAUUCGAAGAAUUGUCUAAAAGGUUCCAAGAUAUGAAUCGCUUUGGUGUUGUCGUGUUAAAGAGCAUUUAUCAAAUUAUUUAUGGAUGUGACGAUUGCUAAAUUUUUAUCACAGUUACAGGUGCAGCCCCGUUCCACUUUUUUUUUAAGUUAGACAAAGGAAUAAUGUAAACGAACUUACAAAUUAACGCACUUUUUAUUACAUAAAGUUACAAUAAAAUUUAAAAGUUACAUAAAAUUUAAAAUAAGUUUCUUUGCGUUUCUGUAGUACUUUACAAUUAAACUAGUCAAAUAGUUUUGCUCUAAAACGUAACGUAUAUAAAGACGGAAUAAUAAAACAUAGUUUUAAAUAAUCUGCUGCUCUCAUUGACUUACAACUGCUCUAUGAAACUUUUGAAGAAGUUAUAGUAAACGGAAGUUGACAAUAGGAAGUGCCGCAAAUAUUUUUUAAAUUUUCAAACGAAAUGCUUCUUCUAUCCUACUUUACCUUACGAAUUAUGAACUCGUUCUAUCCUGCUGUCACGACAAAAGUCAACCGAAAUAUCAAAUUGCGUAAUUUUUGAACGAAAUAAGUAUUUUUUAGUGAACGCUCUAAUGGCCUUUUUUUCUGUAUAAUUUUUAAAAACAUUGAGUUACAAACGUCGUAUUUAUCCU